AUGAUUCAAGUAAUUGCUCAGCUUUGUGGUCAAGUCGGCUUCGAACAAAUCACAGAAGCCUCACUUGAAUUGCUAAUUAGCGUUGUGGAGGCAUAUUUCCUCGCCUUGGUUAAAAAUGUACAUACUUUGACGUCUUCAGACGGUUGUGCUCAAGUUUCAGAUGGACUGCUAGCGUUGCGUUUGAUGGGUCAAACGCCACAAGGCCUUGCCAAGUUUGUCAUAGAUAACAGUCAGUUUUUCACGCCAGCGCCUACUAUGACAUGUGGGCCUAUUUAUGGGAAAUUAUGCUUGAAUAUCCCUCCUGAAGAUCACCCUGAAUUAGAAGAGCGACCUCCUUUCAUCCCUCGCCAUUUGCCGCUAAAUUAUUGUGAGGACUUUGGGAGUCAAACAUGUUCUCAGGCAGAACCAACCCUCAAAGAAUUUACUUCCACUACUCGUUUAUCUCCUUCUUCACCUAAUACGGUGUCAACUAGUUCUAACUGUCUUACUGGUGCAACUAGCUCUGCCGUAACAACUGUUGCUCGUACACUUCCUGAAUGGGCCAAUAGAUCUACAUAUCGCAUGACUUGUGUUUCAGUUGAUCCUCUGACUAAAUGCUUGGUGGAGCAUUGUCCUCCAUGGAAAGCUUCUGAUGUUUUGGCGGAGUCACCGAUUCCGGACAAAUAUGCAGGUUCUACAAAUAGUUACUUUUCAUCUAUCUCAAAGAGAGAACUCGCCUAUGACUCAACACCAGAGGAAACAAAGAAUUCAUAUCAGUCUCCAUUAUCACCUUCAAAACAGUGUGGCGCUAGUGAUGCACAGUGGGCAGCUGCUCUACAGGCUACUCCAUCGACUCAACAACCGAAACGAAUUGUUUAUACUCCAAGUCGUUUUGAUCCUAGUUCUACACCAUCUUGGACACAUAUUAGACGAACAACAAAUUCAUCACGUACAUCAUUGUUUGGUAAACAAUCCAUUGGAACAAAUUCACGGUAUAAACGACAAGCUUCCUCACUUGCUUAUUCUACAGCUCCAAAGAUUCCAAGACUAACUACUGGGAGUCGAGCAAACAAGUGUUCAAAGUUUGGUCGAGGUCGAGCAAGUCGAUUGUCAAGGCAACGUGUUUCGAAAUUGAAUAGAUCGAAUUCUCCUAUUAUAAAACCACAUUCAGAUGAUACAAAUUCAGUGGAAACCCCAUUGAAUCCACCAAGUGGGCCUUCCACUUUCCAAGAAAACAUUAUCAACACAGAACUCUCUCCACUAGAUUCUGAUACUUCUAUCUUAUCAAAUACAAUAAAUUCACCUAAAUCUGUGGAAGAAACAUUUGUAGCCUUACCAGAGAAAGUCACUGAUGACAGUCCCAUAGUUCAUGGAGUUGAUUCAGGCGAUGAAAGACAAAAUGUUUGGAAUGGAAAAGACUAUUCUGAUCAUGAUUCACCAUGCACUCCUCCGUUACGGAAUGCUGUAAAUAAUGACUCCCUUGUAACACCUAGUGGUGGUAUCUUAUCAUCCAGUAUUGUCACUUCACCACCAAAGCAAUUGGAGAAUCAUACAAAAUCUUUCGAGACUGAAUUAUCCGACCUUAAAGUUUUAAACAUUCCAGAGAAGAGUACUUCAACAGAAACUCAAAAUAGUGUACGACUUAAACCGCACCAAUUUCGACGAAAAGCUCGUGGCCGAAGAGAUAAGUGUAGAGUUUCAACAUUUAAUAGUUUAUUUCAAAAUCCAUUGCGGAAGUGUUCAGAUCCACCUCUCACAAAAUCACAGGAUCGUCCUAUCCGAACUGCUCAAAGUCUUCAACAAAUACCUAAGGUCGAAAAUAACGCAGAUGACCACCAAACUGUUGCGGUUGUCGCAGAUAAUUCUAUUAAAGGUUCUCGACCAACUCGUUCCGUACAUAAAACUGGAAGACGAACAGGAUUAAAGUCAGAUGCUGCUCAUGAUUCUACAAAAGGUGAACCUGUCACUACUCAGUCUUCUAAUAUAAAAGUAGAGACUAUCUGCUCCCCAGCAUCAGAUAUAACUGAACCGAUGACGUUUAGUGAAAGAGCAGAACUUCUUCGAAUUAUUUGUACAGAUACUACUCCUGUGAAGUACACUACAUCCACUACCUUAAAUGUAGUCGCAAAUAAUCACUUUUUACAGUCAGAAAAUUCGGUAUUUAACAAAGAAAGUUUUGGUAAACUGCAACAGCAUGCGUCAGUUACGUUACGAUCAUUACCUUCUUCUCCAUCAUCGCUUGAUUCCUCUCUUUCCUCUUCCACUUCAAAAUCUUCACCUGAAGAAUCACUGCUUUUGAAGUCAAAAAUGAAUGAUAUGAAAGGUUGUGAUAAAUUCCAGGAUGAUUUUUCUCAAGGUGCAAGUAGAUCCUUAUUUUCCAGUUCCUGUAUCCAGAACACUGUCAAUACAGACUUAUCUCCUGCAGAUUUUUCAGAUUCUAUUAAACACUCUCCAAAUAUUUCGUGUAUCAAUAAAGUUCAUACUACUUGUAGUGUCUCUCCGUCACCGAUGAAUACAUUGCCAGUUGGACCACCACCUCUCCUUCCUUUAUCUAGUAAAUCGACUGGUCAAAAACGAUGUUCUUCCUCUUUUCCUCCAACAUCUACUGAAAGCGAUCACACCUCAGCACUUCCUCCUACCUUGAUGACUUCCAAACAGUCAGAGUCGGUGUCAACUUCCAGCAGUUGCUUCUUCACAAAUUCACAACCAUUAUCAUCUAAGCCGACCAGUGAUAAAAAUGGAGGAUUGCGUAUUACAAUUAAACUAGGCGGGACAUUAAACGAAGAACCUCUUGCUUCUUCUCUUUCACCUACAUCUUCCUCUUCCUUAUCCUCGUCAGAGUCAACUUCAGGGGAUGAAGACAAUCCUACAACUCAUUACCAACAGCCACUAAGUUCAACUCAGUUAUUCAAGAAGGAGCCGAAUGAAAAUAGUGUUGUAAACUUGGUGGAUAAGGACAGAUCAGAGAGUCAUUCUGUAUCAUUGUCUCAAUCGACAACAUUUGCAGAAAAAACACCAAAGCUUGUUAUUCGCCUUGGAAAUGGUCCCAUUUCAACAUCUCAACCACAAACUGUUGCAACGACACAUGUUCAGUCGGUUAGCCAAAGUUUACCAAAUUACUCGGAAAAUUCUACUCCGUUUAUCGAUAAAAAGCAUUCAAGUUCAUUACUGACCCCACCACCUCCUUUACAAUUAACUAUUUCUCGCGAUAGACUAAAAUAUAGAGGUCGUACUGCAUCACAGGGAAGCGAUUCAAAUGCAUCAAAUACAAGUUCAACAAUGACAGGAAGUCUUUCUAGUAGUGAAGAAGAAUUUGUUCAUUCUCAUAUUAGUCCGUCAGGAACUGUGGGUUUACCACCACCUCCUUCUUUAGAACGUUUGCCACCUCGACCAGGUCAUACUGGUUUCACAAUGAAUAAACCUACCACUCAAGCACAAUCGAUUCAUCCUUCUGAGUUGCCACCUCCACCCCUAACAAGCAGUAUAAAGACAUCGGAUGGCAUUUCGCCGUUAAAACAGAUAGUUUCACUAAGUAAAAUUAUGCCCAAUGGUCCUAAUUCUGCUGCUACUCACUGUCAUCUUCCACCUCUUCUUCCAUUAUUUUCGGUUUCGGAGCAAACAGAGUCUAUCUCACCAUCAUCUAAGUCAAGUCCAGUUUCAACAGAGCCGUCUUUACAUAGUAAUAAGCUGAAAUCAAACUCACGUAUUGCUGAUAGAAAGAAACGAAAAUUUCCUGAUCAACAUUCUCGUUCACCUUUAGCCAAGCGAAGAACAUUAGUCCAGUCUUCUAUGAUUCCUUCAUCUAAAACUGAAACAACUGUUAAGCGACCACGUGCUACAGUGGAUUCUGUUUUUACAGAUGAUGAUAGUGAUACUAAAAACGAUGAGAAAUCUCCUCUGUUAUCUCUUGCAGCCUCAUGUUCAAAUGAUUCAAUUGAUAAUCAAAAUUCUUUUCAUCCAACUAACAGUCAAAAUGUAUAUACAUCUAAUCCUUCCACAAAUUCAUUAGUUUCUUCUCCGAAUUCUACUUUAUCUCCUUUGAAAACUCAACCACGAAUAAAACACACUAGUUUGUAUAACAAAAAGUCUUUAUAUCAUCCUGUUACUAAAUCAUCAUCACAUACUACUACUACUACAACCAGUAGUAGUACAAAAACUUCUACAUCACUUAAAAGUAGUAAAACUCGUGGUCGAUCCAAAUUCAUACCGACUUCACCAAUCAAAACUCCACCAAGUAUGAACAUCUCUUCAAAAAUAGUUCAACGUGAAACAACUGCUUCACAAAUUGUUGUUGAAUCUGCUGGCAGCUCUUAUUAUUUUAAUAAUGAUGGUGAGCAAAUAUGGUUAUGUCCUAUUUGUUUGCUGGAAGAUGAUGGCAAUUUAAUGAUUGGCUGUGAUAAUUGUCAAGACUGGUAUCAUAGUACAUGUUUAGGACUUUCCAAGGCUCCAGAAGUUCCACAAUGGUUUUGUCCGAAAUGUUCACAGAAACCAUUACCAUCAAAUACACUUAUAAAAUUGACAAAUAAAGAUCGUGUUCCUCAUCCUACAAAAGGCAGCUCACAUGGUUCUUUAAAUUCUCGCUCUAAUGUUAAACAUUCAAAACGUGAAUCAGGGUCUAAAAAUCCAAAACAUAAACCUAAACGAUGAUAAUAUUUUCAACAAUCAUCUAAACCGCUAGCUGCCUUUGAUUUUGUUUUUCUCUUUGUACAUAAUUGUAUAUUAUAUCAAGAUAAAAAAUAUUAAUUUUACUGAUUUUUAA